CUGCAAUUAACUCUCCUUCAUUCUCUUAUUCUCUCUGCAACACCUUCACUGACUCUCCUCCUUUGUAAACCAUCAGCGCUUUCCCGACCAAACCCAUUGACUAUCGAUAGAAUUAAGGGUGUCUCCUAUUUUCCAUCGACAAUGUAUAUCUAAAAAGGGUGAGACUGAGAUGGAGGGAGAGACGAAGAUAACGAAGGAACAAUAAAACAGAUCCCGCUAGAUUGCUUUACAAAAACAAAAACAAAAACAAAACUAAACAGAUCUUCCAGAAAAUCCAAAGAGAAAAAUAGCAAAAAUGUUCCAGUCAAACAUGGUGCCAGUGGAUACGAACAACAAUGGAGAUGGUAACAACGAGAACAACAACGACAACGACAACAACGACAACAACAACAUGAAUGUUGGUCGUGCUUUGGGGGGCGAGGACGUCAACAAUGCCAACAAUACAAGUGAAAAUCAAGGAGAUGGAAGCGGACGAGGUCCUCGUCCUAACAAGAGGAAACGAUAUCAUCGUCACACCCAACAUCAAAUCCAGGAGAUGGAAGCCUUCUUCAAAGAGUGUCCUCAUCCAGAUGACAAGCAAAGGAAAGAUCUUGGCCGCCAAUUGGGAUUGGACCAUCUUCAGAUCAAAUUCUGGUUCCAGAACAAACGCACCCAAAAUAAGAAUCAUCAAGAACGCCAUGAGAACACACAUCUUCGGGGGGAGAACAGUACGCUUAGAGCCGACAACCACCGAAUGCGAGAAGCUGUUGCUAGUGCCUUGUGUCCUAAAUGUGGAGGUCACACCGCAGUUGGCGAAAUGUCUUUCGAGGAACAUCAUCUCCGCCUUGAAAAUGAUAUAUUAAUCGACGAGAUCCGUCAGAUGUCUGCGGUGGCGGCCAAGUAUACAGGCAAGAAGGUGAUGAGCUAUCCUCAGAUUCCAGCUCAGCCUUUCGAUCAAGGAACGGGAGGACAUGUGUAUGCAAGUAUGGUAAACUUCCCGAUGAAAGUCACUGGAGUGACAGAUGCUGAUAAACCGAAGAUCAUAGAGUUAGCUGUUGGAGCCAUGGAGGAGCUAAUGGCAAUGGCUCAAAUUGGUGAACCACUGUGGAAGGGAGGAGUUAAUGGCACGACCUUAGCUAUGAACUUGGAUGAAUACUCAAGAAUCUUUCGCAACGGGCUCGGACCUAGACCUAACGGGUUUAGAACCGAGGCAUCGAGGGAAACAGCUGUCGUGUUCAUGAGUCCUAUGAACGUUGUUGAGAGGCUCAUGGAUGUGAGUCUAUGGUCGAGCAUGUUUGCUGGACUGAUUGCUAGAGCCAUGACUCAUGAAGUUAUACUGAAUGGAAUCAACGGAAACUUCGACGGAGCUUUCCAUCUGAUGACUGCUGAAUAUCUAGUUCUUUCGCCAAUAGUCUCGACCCGCGAAUGCUACUUCGUCCGCUACUGUAAAAAGCAAGGAGAGGGUUUGUGGGCGGUGGUCGAUAUUUCCGUCGACCAACUCGUUCCAAACCUCCAGCUUAAAUGUCGGAGACGACCCUCUGGAUGUCUGAUUCAAGAAACUCCAAAUGGAUGCUCCCAGGUUACAUGGGUUGAGCAUGUGGAGGUAGAUGACAGAGGAGGAGUCAGCCACUUUUACAAGUACUUAGUCAGUACUGGUCAAGCUUUAGGUGCUAACCGUUGGAUUGCAACAUUGGACCGCCAGUGCGAGCGGGUAGCCAGCUCCAUGGUUUCAAGCAUUCCAUCCAUUGAACCGGAUGAUUUAUUAAUCAUGACGAACCAAUCAAAGCGGAGCAUGCUGAAAAUAGCUGAGCGGAUGUGGAGAAGCUUCUUUUCUGGUUUGGCCGGUUCGAGUGCAGAUAUGUGGACUUGUUUGUCUGGUUAUGUAGGAGAGAGCAUGAGAGUGAUGACUCGGAACAGCGUGAAUGAUCCAGGAAGGCCUCCAGGUGUCAUUCUCUGUGCAGCCACUUCGUUCUGGGUCCCUGCUCCUGCUAACGUUAUCUUUGACUUCCUCAGAGAAGAGAACAAUCGAAUCCAUUGGGAUGUUCUCUCCAUUGGAGGGCAUGUGCAGAAGCUUACAGAGAUUACAAAUGGGAGAGACAGUAGGAACUGUGUAUCUUUACUCCAGGCGCCAAGCACUGGGCAGAGUAAGAUGACGAUGAUUCAAGAGAGCUCCGUUGAUCCAACAACUUCGUUUCUGAUCUAUGCACCUGUUGAUGUAAAAGCAAUAGAGAUUGUUCUUAAUGGAGGUGAUCCUGAUUACGUGGCUCUACUUCCUUCGGGUUUUGGGAUUAUUCCAAAUUCUCUGCCUGGCCCUGCAAAAGAAGAUGGGUCACUCCUCAACAUUGCCUUUCAGAUUCUGGUUGAAGCAAGCCCUUCUGCUACUCUGACUGUUAGCUCUGUUGCAACCAUUGAGAACCUGCUUGGUUUAUCAAAAGCUCACACCUUUUCUUCUAAUGGCUCUGUUUUCCUUCUAAAGGUUUUGUCUGUUGGCUAA